CAUCCCUCUCUCAGAACUUUUGUUUGGAUCUUUACAUAUCCUGUACCGUUUGUUCCUUCAUCAGUUCUUGUUGAUUCUUCCGCGAAUUCUUGUUUUUUCUUUGGGGCUGAGCGUUGAGUGAUGAUUCGCAUUUCCGAUUUCUUCGAUCUGAUUUUAUACCUCGUGGUAGUAACCGUAGCCGUGGUAUACGUCUACACUGAUCUGUCAUAAAGCUUUAUUAGUUGCGAGAUUAAUUUGUUCCCCACGCGUUACAGCAAACAUUCGUCCUUCGAACCAGGCCCUCUUUUUUCGUUCAGUACUUGUGUCGGGGCAAGAACCAUACAGAUCUCAUAUUCUUCCUGUUUCAUAUCUAGCAGUUGAUUUUCAUUUCGUCCACCGGCAUCAAAACUGUGUAUAUUAUUCUUGUUCUUGAUUUGCUUUCUGGUUACAUUCGGAGCAGUUUUUUUCUUGAGGCGGCAUCUCUUGCGUCGAAAGAAAAGUUCAUCUUUGAAUCUGCAGUAACGAAACCUACUUUUUCAUCGGAAUAAGCAAAAUCUUGGUGUGACCCAACUCUUCUUUUUGUGUAUUGCUCACUGUUCCUUCAAGAUAGCUCAGAAGCCACUUGAACAACAACAACAACACCGACAUCAACAGCCCAUAUUCUCAAAAAAGGGCUAAAAAGAACAGUUCAAGCAAAACCUGCAACCUGUGCAAGGCUUUUCUCUCUAUCUCUAUCUCUCUCUCCAUAUCUCGGUGUCGGCAAAAAAUAAUGAAGAGUCAACAGAACCAAAGUCUGCCGAUUUCGAUGUUCAAGCCCUUCUAUUCGCACCUCCAAUUCACCAACAUCCUCUCCUGCAUCAUCAUCUUCGGGUGCGGCUUAACCCUGGGAAUGGUCCUCAGCUUCCAUCUCAAGAACCUGUCCUUCAACCUCAACUUCACCCAGGUCCCCUUGUUGCCGACCCAGUUGCAGUCGCUGCCGCCACUGCCGGCGGCCCUUCCACCGGCUCCGCCGGCCCUUCCACCGGGCCCGCCGGUCCGCCACGCGGGGCUGGCAGAGUACCUGAAGCCGUCGCCGAUCGCGCACGGCAUGGAGGACGACGAGCUGCUGUGGAGGGCGUCGGUGAGCCCGCGGAUUUCCGAGUACCCGUUCGAGAGGACGCCGAAGGUCGCGUUCCUGUUCUUGACCAAGGGUCCUGUUCUAUUGGCCCCUCUGUGGGAGAAGUUCUUCAAAGGGCACGAAGGGCUGUACUCGGUUUACGUGCACUCGAACCCGCCGUGGAACGAGACGGAGCCGGAAGCCUCGGUGUUUCACAGCAGAAGAAUUCCCAGUAAGGAAGUCUCGUGGGGGAAGGUCAACAUGAUCGAGGCCGAGCGACGCCUCCUCGCCAAUGCACUCCUCGACGUCGCGAACGAGCGCUUCGUCCUGCUCUCCGAGACGUGCAUCCCGCUCUUCAACUUCUCCACCGUCUACUCCUACCUCAUCAACUCCACCCGAACCUUCGUCCAGGCCUACGACCUGCUGGGCCCCGUCGGCCGUGGCCGGUACAACUCCGCGAUGUUACCGUACAUCAGGGUGCACGACUGGCGCAAGGGGUCGCAGUGGUUCGAGAUGGACCGGAGGCUUGCCGUCGAGGUGGUGGCCGAUCGGACCUACUUCCCUCUGUUCCAGCGGCACUGCAAGCACGCCUGCUACGCCGACGAGCACUACCUGCCGACCCUCGUGAACAUGAGGUUCGGGGCGAGCAACGCGAACCGGACGCUGACCUGGGUCGACUGGUCGAAGGGCGGGCCCCACCCGAACCGGUUCAGGAGGAACGACAUCACGGUCGGAUUCCUGGAGCGGCUGAGGGACGGGAACGGGACGCGGUGCGAGUACAAUGGGGAGGCGACGAGCGUGUGCUUCUUGUUCGCGAGGAAGUUCUUGCCCUGCUCUUUGGAUCGGCUGUUGAGGUUUGCACCCAAGGUCAUGCACUUCAAUAGGUAGACCAUCUCCCAAGAAAAUCAAGAAAGGGAGCGAAAGAGUCAUUCAUUAGUGGUUCAUAUUCUUUUGAUUUCUGGCAAUGAUAAAUAGGGUAAAGGAUCUAGUCUAGUUUACCUUGCCAAAAUUUUUACUUUUUCUUUUUACCACUUACUUCUUGAAACAUUGAACAACAUUCGUACACUUGUCGAUCGUGCAUAGAACGAAGAUGUUCGCAUGUAACUAUCAAGUUUUAUGAUAAAAUGAUGUGCCAUGCAUACUUCAAAUUA